AUGAUGAUGCUGAACGAUAGUUCUGAUGAUGAUUGUGACUUCUAUGUUUCGGAAAAACAUUAUUCAGAAGGUCUCUCUCGUGCUCUUGCGAAUGGUAACGAUCCUGAUCGUGAUUUUUAUAAUUUUUCAGUGGAUACCGAAGCUGAAGUUUCGACUCUAACAGACGUUCCGGAAAAUUCGAAUUCAGAUGUAUCUGACGCCUAUAUUGAAUCAGAAGAGGAAGAAGUAAUCGCAGGUGAGCCACUCACCGCACUUAUGGAAUAUCAUCGAAAGUCUUUACUUUUGAAUGAGUUGUGUUCAUAUAUUCAUGAUUACAACCAGUAUAUCUCUGUUUUUGGCGGUGAACUGUUAGCAAUGAGAUUGUCGUUGAAAGAAGAGACACUAUCUGACAAUGCGAACCUGAGAAAGCAACUAUCACGCUGUCGGAAACAGGCAGAGUUCUGUAGGAAAGUCGGAGAUUUGCUAUGCAAGUUUCUAGAUAUCAAUACUUAUGAUGAGAAUUACAAGCAACUGGAGGCCGAAAUUAAAGUUUUUGAAAACUUGCCUUGGACCUCUUUCAUAACCGAUGAUGUGUUCAUGAAUCCUACUACUGGCCUGGCUUGGAAGUUCAUUGGUGUUUUCCAGAAGUUCGAUAAUGUCACCAAAACUUUUCUCAACCAGUUCCUAAAAUAUGUUGACUUGAUCAAACUUUAUAAAGAAAGUGGAGAUUUGGAAAACAUUUGUCUGCAUAAGAAGGAAACUCAGAUGGCCUCCUUGACACGAAGUUCUCUCUUACUUUCUCAUGUCACAAACAGAUUGACCAACGAAAUGAAUAAUUACCAAGCAGCCUUGGGAUUCAGUAUCAUCAAAACUUUUCUGAACUUCUACCAAUACUUGUGCAGCUUCUUCAAGAAACUCUUUCCCUUUGUGUAUAUCUUUUAA